GGUGUGCAUGCGCACUCGCGCUGCGGCCUAGCUGCAGGAGGCGGUGCUCUUGUCUGUCGCCCUUCAUAUUUUUUACCUCAAGAGACCGAGGCCUGGGGAUAAGGAACAAGGCCCGCGAGGGCUGGGCGGUCAACCGGUGGAAAACAGCCUCUCACGCACAGAAUGGAGCCCGACUCGAUCUUGCAUGACAAGGCGAUGAAGCUGAUGUGUUCUGUGCCCCGGUCUCUGUGGUUAGGCUGCUCCAGUCUGGCGGACAGCAUGCCUUCGCUGAAAUGCCUUCAGUCCUCGGGGUCUGGCACUUUCACCACAUUCCAGAAUGCCUCCGAGAGGGAUGCCUGCAACAAUGAGCAGCCUCCCAAGGGGACCGUCCCUGAGAAGAACGAGGAGAAGAAGCGACAGACAGGACUAUCCAAUGGUACAUCCAACACAACGGUUCCCAAACAGAGGAAGCUGUCGGCCAAUUAUGAGAAGGAAAAGGAGAUGUGCGUGAAGUAUUUUGAGCAGUGGUCUGAAUCCGACCAGGUGGAGUUUGUGCAGAUUCUGAUCUCCCGAAUGUGUCAUCACCAACACGGACACGUUAACUGCUACCUGACACCAAUGCUGCAAAGAGAUUUUGUCACUGCUCUGCCAGCGAGGGGGCUGGAACACAUUGCAGAGAACAUUCUGUCAUACCUGGGCGCACAGUGGCUGUGGGCAGCAGAGCAGGUGUCUAAAGGAUGGCUCCGGGUCAGCUGCAAUGGGAUGCUCUGGAAGAAGCUAAUUGAGCGCAUGAUCCGUACGGAUUCCCUCUGGAAAGGACUUGCAGAAAGAAGAGGCUGGGGCCAAUAUUUGUUUAAGCUAAAACCUUCAGAUAGUGGGACCCCUCCCAACUCCUUCUACAGGGCCCUGUAUGCCAAGAUUGUACAGGACAUAGAGACCAUUGAGUGGAACUGGCGUUGUGGAAAGCACAGUUUACAGCGGAUUCACUGUCACAGUGAGGCCAGUAAAGGAGUCUACUGCCUACAGUAUGAUGACAGGAGAAUUAUCAGUGGACUGAGGGACAACACAAUCAAGGUCUGGGAUAAGAACACAUUGGAAUGUGAACGGAUUCUAACUGGACACACAGGCUCAGUGCUUUGUCUGCAAUAUGAUGAGAGGAUGGUUAUCACCGGAUCCUCAGACUCCACAGUCAGAGUGUGGGAUGGAUCCACGGGAGAGAUGCUGAACACACUGAUUCACCAUUGUGAGGCUGUCCUGCACCUGCGUUUCAGCAACGGAAUGAUGGUCACCUGUUCCAAGGACCGCUCCAUAGCUGUCUGGACGUUAGUCUCACCCAGCGACAUCACCCUGAGGAGGGUGCUGGUGGGCCAUCGGGCAGCAGUUAAUGUGGUGGAUUUUGACGACAGAUACAUUGUGUCAGCGUCUGGGGACAGAACUAUUAAGAUUUGGAACACAAGCACUUGUGAAUUUGUACGAACACUGAAUGGGCACAAGCGUGGGAUUGCCUGUUUACAAUAUCGAGAUAGACUGGUUGUCAGUGGAUCAUCAGAUAACACCAUCCGAUUGUGGGACAUUGAAUGUGGUGCAUGCCUGCGGGUAUUAGAGGGCCAUGAGGAGUUGGUACGCUGCAUCCGCUUUGACAGCAAGAGAAUUGUUAGUGGUGCCUAUGACGGGAAGAUCAAGGUGUGGGAUCUGGAGGCUGCGUUGGAUCCCCGAGCCCCUGCCGGAACUCUGUGCCUGAGAACCCUGGUGGAGCAUUCUGGGAGAGUUUUCCGCCUACAGUUCGAUGAAUUUCAAAUUGUGAGUAGCUCCCACGAUGACACAAUCUUAAUCUGGGACUUCCUGAAUGAACCAACAAUACAGAACGGGUCUGGGUCUUCAUCCUCCAGAGCCUUCAACUACAGCUCCAGAUAG